GCGGCUGCGAGUCCUCCGGGCACGGCGGGGGAGCGCGGAGUGGCCGCAGCCGCUCAGGGGGAUGUGGCACCGCUCCCUGCAGCGGGCUGUCCCCAGACGGGAGCAGGCCUGUGGCGGAGCUCGUGAAGCGAUGAUGUUAGGCCCGUGAGGCCGAUGGCGCGCAGCUCGAUGCCCGUAGGAAAGGCAGUGCCUCACCGCUUUACUCAGAACGGCCCGAGAGGCCUUUUCGGUUGCAUUGUCUAUUUUUUAUAUAAAAAGCGGGAGUUGGCCGCUAGGUUUAAGUAGGAGUUGUGUUACCUUGCCCGAGUAUGGGAAAAUAGCAAGAAAAGCAUCAUUUUGGCCAUGUGCAAGACUCAUGAAAUUCUAAAUCCAUAUUGAAACAAUUAAAUGUCAUAAUUUUUAAGAUUUCCCUAGAACCCCCUUCCCUAGAAGUGCUUCCUACCCCCACUGGCUGAACACUUUUAAAAAUUUAGGUAAUCCAUCUUUAAUUUUGCUACUUUGGAGCGAUGCUGGUGCAACAGUUUGCUUUUGUGAGCUAUAUAAAAAUUUGGACGGAAAGCAUGAGGUUUGAUUCUCUAGUUUUAAGCAUUCAUCUCAUUACAAGCUGGUCUUGCAUAACUCAGCAAAGUCAUAUGCAGUGUUUUGUAAUUUGCCAGAUGGUGAUAGAAACAUUAAGUACUGCAGUAUAUUAGAAAGUUUAAGUUUCUUGAACUCCAGUAACAAUAAAAUUCUUCUUUAUAUCUAACUGGAAGUUCUUAUAGGCUAAUUCUAGAGAUAUGGAAAAUUUUUCUCUCUUUGUAUGUGAAGUUCUUUUCACUUAUUUUUGAUUAACAAAAGUGCUGAAGUGACUGUAUGGUUACUUUUCUUGGAAAUAAAAUCUGAUUGAAAUUUUUAAGGUUCAGCAUAGCAUCUGGAUCUGUCCAGGUAUUCAUUGUUAUUUUAUUCUAAAUUUUCGUGAUGAAAAAGAUCGAAAGCAAGACUGACUUGUUGGAAACAGAACUUCCAUUAAUCCUUUUUGUUCCUUUAGGACAAAGCCAUGUGGAGACUAGUUUAUGAUAGAUGGCUUUGCUGUUAGAAGAAAGGCAUCACUUAGGCAGUAGUUUUGAUGAAAAAAUUAAGAGAUAUUUCAUGGAAUGUCUGUGGAUUGCACUAUGUCACUUCUGUCUUCUGAUGCAAGUCUUUUUACCAUCACUGUUAAUAUGCCAAUGGAUUCCUAGAUAAUUUUGGAUUCACUAAAGAUUUAUAUCAUCUGAAGGGUGUAACAAUGUGGGCAGGAAAGGCCAUCCUAAGAACUUCAUGUGCCUCUUUUCAUGUUGUUUCAGCAUUCCUUAAUUCUCUGGCCAACAUUUAAUUUUCUGCACUGGAAGACAAGAAAGAAACAGCAGUAUCUUCAUAUAUUGCAGUGAUAAAUACUCUAAUUAAUACUUUCCUAAUCUCAUUUUGUCAUGUAGCUGAUCUUUCUGUUGUCUUAAAAAAGAAAUGUGUUUGGAUUUAUGAAUAUCAUUCAUAGGAAUGUCUCUGUUUUUAAAAGUAAUUUCUCUUAGGACAACGAUUGAAAGAAGACUAAGAGAUUGGUAAGCCAUGCCUGUUUCAGCUGAUGAAACUGUGGGGAACCUGGCUGUGAGAGACACAGUCCUUACUCCAGCUGGAAUUGAAGGAUUAAAAGAAUCAUCAUCUACACAGAAUGUAAAAGCUCAACAAGUCAUAUCAAGAAUCAGUCGAGAGGAGCUGGAAGACAGAUUUCUUCGUCUACGUGAUGACCACAUCCUACUCAAACAGUAUGCCAAUAAGCAGGAGGAGAAAAUUAAAAGAAUGACCACCAAGUUAAUACGGCUUGUUAAUGAUAAAAGAAAAUGUGACCAGGCUGGCUGUGGACCCAAGCGGCUGGGUUACGCUCUGGAGCUGGAAGAAAUGAUUGAGCAUUUGCGAGAAAAAGUUUGUGAGCUUGAGAAACAAAAUGAGAGCCUCCGCAACAAACUCAUUUCAACUAAACAGCAGCUCCAGAUUCAAGGCCAUAGGCCUUGUCUGUAUAGCUCCGUUCAAUCUCGUGUGAACACUGGUCUCAAAAAAGAGAGUGAGACUGCUGGCAUGCCAGAGCACACCAAGAAGGGAAUGAGAUUUCAAAGUUUAGAAGUGAGAUCAUCUCACCUUGUGCUCCCCAAAUACGGACAGAGUCUGCUCGAGGAUUCAAGGGCUGAAAUCAGAAAUUUGGAGACUGUCAUUGAGUCCCAAAAGAACCAAAUUGAGGAACUAGACCGUGCCAGAGAAAUUCUUGGGAGUCAGCUAAGAAGGAAAGAAAAGGAAAUUGAAGAAUCCACCCUACGGCUGAAAGAGCAGGGUACAGCAAGCCAAAGGCUAAACAUUCAGGACAAUGUGGAAAUGAUCAAGGUCCGUAAACAGCUGGCUGAGAAAAGCAAUGCUCUUUCAGCAAUGGAAGGAAAAUUUCUCCAGCUUGAAGAGAACCUAAAGAACUUGAAGACCAGCCAUGAUGCUUUAUUAGCAAAAGGUGAUGAACUGAAUGUUCAGCUUAAAGAGGAGCGGCUAAAGUGCUUUCAUCUUCAAAAAGAAUUGCAGACAGUAACUAUUUCAAACAGAAGGACAGAAGAGUUACAGGAAAGAAUAAAUGAUCUAGAAAAAGAGAAUGAACUCUUGAAGGAAAACUAUGAUAAGCUGCAUAACAGUGUCUUCAGUCUGCCCUAUGAACAGCAAUGGAAAUCAAAGGAACAGCAACUGAAACUGCAAAUUGCUAAACUAGAGGCAGCUAUCAAAAAUGAUCUAGCAGACAAAAAUGAAAUCCUUGACAAGAUCAAAGUAGAAAGAGACCAAAACGAAAAGCUGAUGCAAGACAACAAAGACCUGCAAUUCCGCUACCUGGAACAAAAACAACAAGUAGAUGAUCUGAAAAAUCAAGUGAAGUUUUUAACCAAGGAAAGUGAUGUUGGUGUGGCAGAAUUCAAUGAAGCCCUCUUACUUAUAAAGGAUCAAAAGCAACAAAAGAAUGUGGACCUUCUGUUCUUCAAAAAAGUGGAAGAUGAUAUCCAUAAAGAUUUAGAAUACUCCAUGCAGGAACUGCAAUUAAGACAUGCAGAAACUGUGCAAGAACUUGAAAAGACAAGGAAUUUGUUACUUGUGCAGCACAAAAUUAGCAACGAUUACCAGACUGAAGUAGAAACAAUGACAAGAAAGAUGGAAAGUCUACAGAAAGACUAUGAGUUAAAAUUGGAGCAGUAUACCCAUCUUCUUGAUGUUAGAGCUUCACGUAUCCGAAAACUAGAAGCCCAACUAAGAGACAUUGUGUAUGAUACAAAACCACUUAAGUCCAGACAAGAGGUAUUGCCGAGUGAUCCAGUGGGUGGAUUUGUUGAAACUGUUCAUUUAGAAAGAGGAGAGAACCUUUUUGAAAUUCAUAUCAGCAAAGUGAUCUUCUCUUCUGAAGCUGUGCACACUUUUGGUGACUGGGAACCUGCAACCUUUUGUACUUACGCAUUCUAUGACUUUGAACUUCAGAUAACCCCAGUAGUUCAUGGGAAGACUCCAUCAUAUGACUUCACUUCUCAGUUUCUUGUGCAGUCUGAUGAUAGCUUCUUUCACUAUGUACAGGAAAACAGCAUCACACUGGAGGUUCAUCGUGCAUACGGCAUAGAUUAUGAAACAAUUGCUUCUUGUCAGCUUAAGUUCCAUGAAAUCUUGGAAAACGAUGGCAAGAUCUACAACACAGCAAAUUUAGUUGGAAAAAAAGGACACAUUCAAAAUUAUGGUACCGUAGAAUACUGGAUCAGGUUACAAGUUCCUAUGAACCAAGCUAUUAUUCCCUACAAACAGAGGUCAAAGGAUCUGGGAUAUAUAACACCCAGUUUUAGGGAACAUGAACAACUGUCCAAGACUCCAGCACUCAAAAUGAAGCAGCGUGCAGCUCAAGCACACAAGAGAGUCUCCUUUCUGGAUCUUAGUGCAAUACAGAUGGCACAUGUGGUACAGGAUGCUAAACGGCUGUCAGGUGACAAAGUGAAGGAGAUAGCUGAAGAAAUUCAGCAGGAAAAAGAAGAGCUCUCUCAUCUGUCAGAGGAGCAGUUGGCUGACCAGACAUUGAUUACUUCUAGAGAUGAGACAGAAAUAAUUGAGGAAUUGCAACCAGAAGAUCAAGAAGAUCAUCAAGAGGAUGAUGCUGUUGAGUCAAUAAAAACUGAUAGUGAUGACUGUAUUAUUUCAAGUCCAGUAUCCACAGAUAUUAAGCAGCUGAGUCAGAGUAUACAUGGCAAUUAUUUGGGAGUUGAAAAAAUCCAGAUUAAAAUUACAUCACUUGGUCUUACUGAGUCACGAAUUACAGCAGAUGAAACAAUACAGCAGCUGUUUGUAGAAUGCAGAUUAAACAAUUUCCUUGCAGAGGAGACCCCACUGUCACUUCCCAAACCACCUGGUGGUAAGAGGAUUCACUAUAACUAUAGCACUGUGAUAAAUGUGGAUAAGGAAGAUAAUCAUGCAGAAAGGGAGUAUCUCAAGUCAAUUCUUCUAAAGCCAGAUCUACGUGCUGACAGCCUAAAAUUUACAGUGGUCAGUGAUCCUCCAGAAGAUGAGCAGGAUCUUGAAUGUGAGGAUAUUGGGUUUGCUUAUGUUAGUUUAAAAGAGAUAUUCCAGAAGCAAAGAGAUAUCAUUGAGCAAGAUAUUGAUGUUUUCGACGCACAAGAUGCCAAUGCAGUAAUUGGAAAGCUCACAGUGACAGUGGAAGCCCUCAAUGCACUGCGGUCAGUCCAUGAGGAAUGCAAAAAUGAUUAGGAGGCAGGAAAGGGACAUUUGCCUAUUGAAGUUCUUGCUCCCAGUAUAUAUACUUGAUGGUUCAUCAAAAAUCAGAUCUUUAUCAUUCUCACAGUAUACUUAAUGUAAAAUGUAUAUUAAAGAGAUGCUUGAUGUCCAGGUAUAAAGUUUUGCACACUUUUCAGUCUGUUUUCUUUUUUUUAAAGUCCUUGCUGAAUCAUACUUCAGGCUCUCAACACUUGAUAGUGUAAGUGUCUAACUUAGUUCCAACGAAGUUUGAUUUCAAAUGCAAGCUUGCUUGUAAAUUAUCAGAUACCAGUUGAGGGUAUUUUGUCUAAGGAAAUAAGUGAUGGCGAACCUUCAAACAGAAAUGCUUGUAGAUUGUUCCUAGGAGUAGUUCUGUCACAAUACUAUGUCAGAAUACAGUCAUUCCUGUUAGAAGUGACCUCAGGUAGUUUUUAGUCCGGUCACUGCAGGAUUAGGUAUUACGUUAGGCCCUGUUACUCAGGGCUUUAUCCAGCCUGCUCUGAAAACUUCCAAGGACAGGCACUGUUUAACUGCUCUCUGCACAAUUGUUCCAAUGCCUGACUGUUCUCAUAGUGAAAAAAGGAGAUGCAUUUCUAGACAUUACUUCAAUCCAAAUUGAAGCCAAAGCUAGAUCUAAGCACAUGGAGCAGCCUUUUGCACUUAAUGCACCAUCUAAUAAUUUAAUUUGUUGUUUGGUUUUUUUUAAUUCUAGGGGUGGCAUAUUUAUCAUUUGUUUCAGCCAUUUAACAUUUUGCACAGAAAUAAAAAUAACAAAGCAUUUUAGUGUUGAUUUUCAUGCUUUGCAAUAUACCAUCAUAUUUUGAUCCAGUUUUGUAAAGCAAUUGACAAAAAAUAGCUCUUAUUGUUAUCAAAGUGGUUUGCUCAGGUAAUGUUUUUGUAGAUUUCAGUAGUAAACAAUUUGUUAUGGUUUAUUCCUGGGUUCGGAGUUUUUUUAAUUAGGUUUAGAUUAUUUUAAGAGUAAGGACAGCUGCAACAGUGCAAGACAGGUCUUCCACACAAUUAGCAAUUAUUUGUUUCACAUUUUUGUGGAACUUUCAUUCUUGUUAAAUGCAGAAUUAUUUCUGUAGAACUGAACUAUUCUUGAAAAAAAUGUUGCAAAAAUGUGGUCCUUCUACUGCUACCAAAAAAAAUCAAUAAAGUAAACUCUCUUUUGUUUGUUAUAAA